AUGUCCUCAGUAAUUCAGUGUUCAGCUGCUAUCGAUGUCCUGCUGCUAAUUGAUGGUUCCUACAGCAUUGGCAAAGGAAGCUUUGAACGCUCCAAACAUUUCGCCAUAAAGAUGGUGGAUGCGUUGGAUAUCAACCCAGACCGAGUUAGAAUCGGUGCUAUGCAGUACAGCUCUAAACCAAAACUUGAAUUUACACUGAAUGAUUACCCUACACGAGACGAAGCUAAAGAGGCCAUCAAAAAUAUUCAGUUUCGAGGAGGCAGCACGGAGAUGGGAAAAACCAUAAAAUAUGUCCUGCGGAAAGGCUUCCCUGGCGGAAGGAGGGACACAUCCAAAAUCCUCGUCCUCCUCACGGACGGAAAGUCCCAGGACAGCAUCAAGUCCCCGGCGAUGUUCGCCCGCAGGAGCGGAAUACGGCUGUUCACCGUGGGAAUUAAGCACCCUAAGUGGGACGUUCUGCACUCAAUAGCCAGUGAACCCAGCGAGAUGUACGUCUUUUUCGCCGAGCAUUACAACGAUGCCGUCAACGGUCUCAUCACCACCUUGACUCAGUUGGCCGUCUGCAACGAUAUUCACCCGAGUGUGACCACACUGGAGGCCCAUAAAGAGUUUCAUGGAAACCACGUGUGCUGGAAGAGGAAAAUCCCGGGCCUUCAGGCUGCCCCCAUAGCUGGAAUGUGUCCUUACUACAGAUGGAAGAGAUUCAACACCACGAUACAAACCCAGUGUCACAGGACACUCUGCCCAGACCCCUGUGACUCCAGCCCCUGUCUGAAUGGCGGGACCUGUAUCACAGAGAGUGUGGAGAGCUUCAGCUGCCUGUGUCCACUGGGCUACGGGGGAGAUCAGCUCUGUGUCCCUGCAGGUCUCAUGGACUGCGCUGUAGACCUGCUCUUCCUGAUCGAUGGCUCCUGGACCAUGGGCUUGGAGGACUUCCUCCAGGCGAAGGACUUCAUCAAGAGGGUGGUCCAGACCAUCUUCAUCUCCUCUGCCAACAUCCUGGUUGCCGUGGCGCAGUACGGCGACAAAGUCCACACGGAGAUUCCCAUCGGCAGCCACAGCAGGGCCGCAGACGUGCUCGCCGCCGUCGACGGCAUCGGCUUCAGAGGGGGGAACGCCAUGACGGGGAACGCCCUGAGGCACGUGGCGGACAGCGCAUUCAGGGGCGCGGGGGGGGCGCGGGGGGAGGUGCCUCACGUGGUGGUGCUCCUGUCCAACUCCCGGCCCCGGGACGCGGCGGGCGAGGCGGCCGCCAUCGCCAGGCAGAGGGAGAUCUUCAUCAUGGCGGUGGGAGGCAGCCGGCUGAAGGCCGAGAUGACCCGGGUCACCGGUGACCCCGAGCUGGUCUUCUCCUACAGCCAUGCUCAGGAGCUGCACGGGAAAGUGCAGGACCUCCGGACCAGGAUCUGCGGCAUCAACACACCAGGCUGCUACUCCAAGUCCCUGGAGCUGGUGUUGGCGGCGGACGCAUCCGGGAACCUGCCGCGCGAAGACUACCGCCAGGUCAAGGCUUUCGCAAAGGCCAUCGUCUCGCAGUUCGACAUCGACGCCGACCUCACUCAGGUCGCCAUGGUGAUCUACGGGGAGAAGCCCCGCACGGUGUUUGGGCUCAGCGCGUUCGACAGCGACGGGAGGAUGAAGAAGGUGAUCAGCCAGGCGCCGUACCUGGACGGCGCCCCGCGCGCGGGAAAGGCCCUGCUCCACGUCCUGGAGGACACGCUGAGCGUGCGGGGCGGGGCCCGGCCAGGGGUCCACAAGGCCGUGGUGGUGAUGACGGACGGGCGGAGCGUCGAUGAUGUCGUCGCGGCCGCUGACGAGAUGCGGGGGAACGGGAUCGCCGUGCUGGCCGUGGGGCCUGGGUCCGUGCACUCCGGAGCGCUGCUGGGAAUUGCCGGCAGCGCCAGGCUGGCCAUUCCCGUGCCCUCAUAUGAACACCUGAAGCACUACGCCAACAACUUAGUGCAAGCCAUUUGCAAAGAUGUCCGGGCGUCGGCCAGCCUGUGCGUCCCUAACCCCUGUCGGAAUGGAGGGGUGUGUGUGCAGAAAAACAGGAGCUACAGCUGCCGGUGCGAGGGCUGGGGUGGAGCGCACUGCGAGAGACGUAUGUCACAGCCCCCUCUGCUGGACUCCUCCGGUCACACACACUGA